AUGGAGUCCGAGGACGAGUUCUUGCACACUUACUUCUCCCACGUUUCGCAAUUAUGCUACGAGAAGGCCAAAGAACUCGUGGAAAAAGAAAAGGAGCCCAAGGGGUCCACGACGUCCUGGAGCGCUUUCCUCAAUUACCUCCAGCAACUGGCGUUGGCCGAAAAGAGCUACAUGGAAAUCGGCUUCUUGCAGAACAAGCACAAGAGCUUCCUUCGUAAAGACAAUUCUUUAAAAUCCAUAUAUGAAACGAUGAAAAACGAUCUAAGAAAAUUAGAGGAACAAAAUAGACAAAGCGUUGCACCUAACAACAGGAUACAAAAAAGCAGCAAAAACAUCAUACAAUACAUUAACGCAAGGAUUAACCUUAUAGAUUUAUAUGACAAGAUAUACAACGUGGGCCUGCACAAACAAAACCGUCACAACGAAAUCUUGACGCAAAUCGAAACGGUAAUAGAGAAAAACAGCGAAGGAUUCACCGAUAUUUGCCUGACGCCCGCCAAGGCGGUGUUUAGUUUGGAAUGCGAGAUUUUAGAGCAGCUAUUUAGAGCGUUGUCUCGCCUGCAAAAAUUGGAGUUUUCACCGUCGUUGGCUCUCAUUCACGGGGCUCAUACGAGGUUGAUCGCUUGGGAGAACAAAAUUCAAUCGAGAGAGAUUUGGAAAUUGGGGAUAUUUAAAAAUAGCCCUUCGCCGGCGUUGUUUCAAUGGUUUCAAAAAUUGAAAGGGGCCGUUUUGAGCAAAUUUAGCCUGUUUUUUCAUGAUAUUUUGGCGCAGCAAACUACGCCUAACGAAAUCAGACAGUUGUGCGCCAAAUUACAGCAGGAUUAUUAUCAAAAGAUAAUUACUUUUCAAAAGAAAUACGACGCUACUUAUGUGCUGUUAUUAUCCGAUCAACAAACUCUAAAUAGUCCCUCUCCUAAUGGAAUAAUUGUAUCAUAUCCACCUCGAAUUUCAACAAGCAUGGAUCUCGUAUUAAAAAUGAUUGCGGACACUUAUAGCGAAUUAUCAAUGGAUAAAAUAAUUUACAAAUUUUUAUCACAGGAACAACACACGUACAUAAUUGCCACAGUGGAAUCGACAAUUUAUCUCAUUAUACUAUUCGAAAAUAAGAAAUCCGAAAAGGACGCCUACAUAUCGAAUUUCGUUGUAGAAAUAUGCCAGAACUUGAGGUGUACGAAAACGUUCGCAUGCUUGAAAAACACAACUAAAUAA